AUGGCCCAUGUUCUUACCCCUCCCCUUUCUUCUCACCCCAGGCGAUACACAAGGUUCUUUGGCUCAGAUGGUGAUGCAGCACCCGCCCUUAGUCACUAUGCACUGUGCCAAUACGCAGACUGGGAAGAGAGGAUCUCAGCUUGGCAGAGCCCAGUAUUGGAUGACAGGUCCCUGCCUGCCUGGUACAAAUCUGCGCUCUUCAAUGAACUCUACUUCCUGGCUGAUGGAGGCACAGUAUGGCUGGAAGUUCCUGAGGACUCCCUACCAGAGGAGCUGGGAGGGAACAUGUGUCAGCUCCGCCCCCUCCUCACGGAGUAUGGUCGAUUUGGCUACCUUGAAGGCCAGGAAUAUCGCAUGUACAACACAUAUGAUGUCCACUUCUACGCUUCCUUCGCCCUCAUCAUGCUAUGGCCCAAACUCGAGCUCAGCCUGCAGUAUGACAUGGCUCUGGCCACACUUGGGGAAGACCUGACAUGGCGACGGUACCUGAUGAGUGGGGUAAUGGCACCUGUGAAAAGGAGGAAUGUCAUCCCCCAUGAUAUUGGGGACCCAGAUGACGAGCCAUGGCUCCGGGUCAAUGCGUAUGUGAUCCAUGAUACUGCUGACUGGAAAGACCUGAAUUUGAAGUUUGUGCUGCAGGUUUAUCGGGACUAUUACCUGACAGGGGACCAGGGCUUCCUGAGGGACAUGUGGCCUGUGUGUCUGGCCGUGAUGGAGUCUGAAAUGAAGUUUGACAAGGACCAAGAUGGACUCAUUGAAAAUGGAGGCUAUGCUGACCAGACCUAUGACGCUUGGGUCACCACAGGCCCCAGUGCUUAUUGUGGAGGACUGUGGCUGGCAGCUGUGGCUAUGAUGGUCCAGAUGGCUGCUCUGUGUGGGACACAGGACAUUCAAGAUAAGUUUUCUUCCAUCCUUAGCCGGGGCCAGCAAGCCUAUGAGAGACUGCUAUGGAAUGGCCGCUAUUACAACUAUGAUUGCAGCUCUCGGCCUCAGUCCUGUAGCAUCAUGUCUGACUAGUGUGCUGGCCAGUGGUUCCUGAGGGCUAGUGGCCUAGGAGAAGGAGAAACUGAGGUAUUUCCUACCCAACACGUGGUUCGUGCUCUCCAAACUAUCUUUGAAUUCAAUGUCCAGGCCUUUGCAGGAGGGACCAUGGGGGCUGUGAAUGGGAUGCAGCCCCAGGGUGUCCCUGAUAGAUCCAGUGUCCAGUCUGAUGAAGUCUGGGUGGGCGUGGUCUAUGGGCUGGCAGCCACCAUGAUCCAGGAGGGCCUGACUUCCGAGGGCUUCCAGACAGCUGAAGGCUGCUACCGUACUGUGUGGGAGCGCCUGGGCCUGGGCUUCCAGACCCCGGCGGCAUACUGCCAAAAGCGAGUGUUCCGCUCUCUGGCCUACAUGCGGCCACUGAGCAUCUGGGCCAUGCAGCUGGCCCUGCAGCAGCAGCAUAAAAAGGCUGCUCCAAACAUCCAGGGCACAGGACUAAGCACAGGGUCUAAACUCGGACCAAAGGAAGUCAUGGCAAACCCAAGUCCAGAGUGAGCCCCCUGAACUAUGGGAGGGAGGCACUAACAUAAAUCCCACAUGGCAUUUGCUCUUCCCUAGCCCCCGUCUUCUGCAACCCUGAGCCACUAGGACAAUCAUGCUCCCCUCCCCUUCUCCCCACCAACUCACACCAGUAAAGGGGUCGAGGGUAACCCAGGCAUCAGAAUCACUUAUUUAUUUCCUCAUCCCAUCCCCUCACUGCAUGAAAUGUUCAAGGUCAAUUGAUUCCCCCAGGUCCAUUCAUGGGGUGAUAGACAUACAUGGGUACAAAUAAAAGACCCAGAAA